AUGGAACAAAAUAAACCGUCCGAGGAGAAUAAGGAAGUGCUCUUAGAAGGAAAUGGGCAGGCUUUGAAGCGACUCGGGAAUGAGCUCCUGGUUGCUGAAGGUAUGGAAUUCCGGAGACGGCGACAGGAAUUCCGCAAAGAACUGGACAGAGAAAGAGCUAGCCUAUCCCGAGUAUAUGUCGUGAAUAUCUUGCAGACAGUCAGCUCGAAAGCUCUCGCCCGGAUCUUCAAGGCCUGCAGUCCAAUCGCCGAGGUCAGAAUUGGAUGUUAUUACCUUGCGCCGGACUCGACUUGCUUUGCCGAAAUAAUCUUCAAUGACCCAGUGGCAUACUUGAAGGCUGAGCACCUGAACGGGCUGCUAUUAGAGGGCCGAGUAGCGAAACUCCUGAAGAAAGACGUUUCCGGAGAAAGUUCACAAACACUAAACCUGUGGAGAAUGUAUAAGAGUGGAGAGCGAAUUGCUCGUUCGAUAGCAUCUGGAUAA